AUGAAAUCAACAAUUGCUCUCUCGACUCUUCUUGCGGUAGUCACAGCGACUCCCUUCCUCAAAGCUCGAACUCUCGAUAUCUCAGCGUAUAAAGCUGUACCAACCGCUCCUGUUAGAGGAGCCCCUGCCGGCAACACGGCGACAGCGAGUAUUACAUACAACCCCUCAUCUGUAGCAGGCGCCGCUAUUGCAGCCGCAACUUCCUCUGUGGCUAUUGUGAAUCGUAGACACAAGCGUAGCUCCUGCUCGGGUACUUGUGCUGUCUUGGCUGCGGGGAAUGGGCCUAGUGUUAACAGCCCGGAUACUGCGGUAGCCUUUCAGGCGGAUCAGAAUUUCGCCGAUGCAGCACUAAAUGCUGUGACUCCCCCAAACUACGUUCUGGUUGAUGGGUUCCAAAAUGUUGAUGCAGCUGCUCAAUCUGCUACGUAUCUAACAUACAUCUCCGACUCUGUCACUUCUUACGAUCCUGCAAUUUGUGCCAACGCAUGCAACAAUAUCCAGGGCUGCACGUCUUUCAAUAUCUUCUUUGAGAGAGAUCCAACUGUUGUCCCAGAUACAGAAGACUGUCCAAACCCUCCCUCCCAAACCCUUAUAAAAUGCUCUCUUUUCGGUGGCUUGUUAGACGCUUCAUCGGCUACAAACAGUGGUCAAUGGCAAGCUGAUUUCCAAGUUGUGAUUGCUGGUUCGAACGCAUACAAUUCAGUUGCGCCUCCAGCGAUCCCAGGGUAUGGAGGAGUACAAAACUUUGGAACUGCUACCGUGAAUGCCCCUGCAAAUACUACAACAUAUAUGGGAGUGGAAGCUUUCCCUCAGACUCAGCCAUACGAUCCGACUGUCUGCGCUGCUGCUUGCGGUGCAAAGAGCAAUCCUAGCUGCGCAUUCUUCGUAUCUUUCAUCUUGUAUGAAAAUGGACAGAACGGCGUAUUUACUUGUACAUACUUUACCGUCCCUUACGGAGCCGACAGAGCGAACGAGAUUGGACAAUACGAUGCCCAAGGAAAUCAUUACACGAUCGGCCACAGCUUUGGAUUCACUGUUGACGGCGCCACAACCGAAUGA